UAGAGUUUUUACGACAGUCAUGUGACGUCAGCAGCAAACCUUAAAAUGAACGACUGGUGGGGCUCAUUUCAAGUUAACAUUAGUUGAUCGUCUCUUUUACAAUGCGUGUAACGUCACACGCAACCGCAUACAUGUUAGCUGUUAUCGAUAGGUGCAAAUUGGAGUACAAGUUAAACUAGCCAAUUGAUAACCCCGUAUACUAGCUUGAUGACGCUAGCGUUAGCCUCACAGCUUGCUUGUGAUAGAUUUCAAUCUUACUAAUGUAAUUUGCACGAAUUGGAUGAGACAAGAAUUCAGUUUGCCAGAGCCGCACUGCAACUAGAACUGCACCUGGAGCUCAUUUCUCGCCAUCAUUAAAGAUCAAAUUUGAUCACAAAUGUCAGCGCAAAAAGACUGCGAAUUUUUGGUCAAAAGAGCUCGCGAGCUCGUUCCUGAUGACCCCUGUGCGGCUAAAGCCUGGCUCAUAACUGCCAGGACGCUUUACCCUGCCGACUUCAACAUACAGUAUGAAAUGUACAUCAUUGAACGCAAUGCAGAAAGGACAUCCUGUGCAGGGAGAUUGCUGUAUGACAUGUUUUUAAAUUUCCCAGAUCAACCCAUUGUGUGGCGGGAGAUCAGUGUCAUCACAGCAGCUCUGCGCAGUGACACUCAAGACAAACAUUCACAGUUCCUUCGAGGGCUUUUUGAAACACUGCCUGGUCGUAUACAGUGUGAGAUGUUGCUGAAGGCAACAGAGCAGUGCUUCAACACUUUGGAGAAGGCUGAGAUGCUGUUGCUCCUACUGAAACGCUUUCCAGAGUCUGUGGUCCAACACGGAGUGAGUCUAGGCGAGACACUGUUGGAGGCAGAGGCAUCUGAGAAAGUGGACUCACCCAUCAACUGCUUCAGAAAACUUUUUGUGUGUGACGUCCUUCCUUUGGUUCUAAACAACAUGGACAUGCGUCUGCCAGCCAGCUUGAUGCAGAAAUACAUCCUGAAAGCUGCUGAGUUCUACAUCGGUUACGUCACCCGAGGACCUUCAGCCGACGGACAGAUAAAAGCGUCUCAAGAAGGUGGUCCUCUAAAGUCCCCCGGUGUCUCCCGUGGCUCCCAGCGCUAUGUUAUCGACGGCCUGUCGGAAAAAUCUUCAGUGGUUGCCGAACCUUGGGAGAGGCUGUUGGACCUCCUUGCCAUCGUUGGCGCUCGAUGUGAGUGGCAGGGAGACAAAGGACAGAGGAGUUAUAUUGACUUACUUCAGAGAGUAAAGGAGCUGUGUCGCUACUUACCGGGCCUGGAGGGUGACACGAGAGCCCGCUGCUGCAGCCAGGUGGUUAUCUGCACCGCCCUUGUCCUCUUCCGCAACGCCUUCCUCUACGUCUCGACUGUCCAGCCAGCGCUGUUCCAAGGUGUGAAUACGCUCAACUUGGGGCCGUGGAUUCUAGUAGAGGAUUUUAGCUCGGUCUACACUGAUGUGGAUGUGGAGAGAGUAACAGUCAAACACUCACACAAAAGGCGCAAAAUGGCUGAUGGCAGAGAGAAGACCAUUAGCUCCGAUGAUGAGGAAGGCUUGGGGAAGGUGCGUGGCCGACACAUCUUGGUGAACAAGACGGAGAUGCCCAACUGGUCAGAGACCCUCGAGGGCUUUUAUACAGCAAGGGAAAGCUGGGACAUUCUACACUCCCAUGACAGCCUUGAAACUGAGUUCAAAAAGAUUUGUGCUUCUUGGAAGACCGACAGCUGGCUGUGGUUCCGCAUUUUCCUCACCGACAUGAUUAUAUACCAGGGACAGUACCGUAAGGCCCUGUCUAGCUUGCACCAAAUGGCCGCCAUGCAGCCGCCUCAGUCGGGUCAACAGAGUCCCUUGGGUCAGACCAGUCUGGAGCACCACCGGGCCCUCAUACAGCAGGCCUCCUGCCACUACGCACUGGGAGAAUACAGGAUGGCCUGUGAGAAGCUUCUUGAUGUUGUCAGCGGAGUGGUACCGCCAAACCAUGAACCAACAAAGACCCCUGAAGAUCAGACGAGAGUUAAGACCAAAAUGAAGAAAAGUCAUGACCUGAGAUUGCUCCCAUGCACCAGCAAUGCUAUAUUACCUUUCUGCCUCCAGCUGAUGUUGGCCUGCUUCAAGCCGCGAGCCUUCACGGACAACCGAGACGACCUGUUGUUGGGUCACGUGGUGGUCCUCCUGCAGUACGACUGGCCACAGGGCGAGAUGCUCUUCCUAAAAGCCGUGGAUAAGAUCUGUCUGCAAGGCGCUUUCCAGUAUGAGAAUUUCUUCAACUAUGUCACCAACAUCGACAUGCUGGAGGAGUUUGCAUACCUGCGUACCCCUGACGGAGGGAGGAUCCAACUGGAGCUGCUGCCCAAUCAGGGGAUGCUGAUUAAGAACCCUAGGCCCGCCCUGGGUUUGGAGUUAAACACUCUUCUGCUACAAGGGGUUCAGACGAUGGACAGACACCACACAGUGACGAGAGGGAUCACCAAAGGAGUGAAGGAGGAUUUCCGUCUGGCUAUGGAAAGGCAAGUGUCACGCUGUGGGGAGAACCUGCUCAAUGUGCUGCACCGUUUCUGUAUCAACGAGAAAAUCAUCAUUGUCCAGUCUCUCCCUUGACACUUUUAAAUGUUCUCAAAAAGGACCUUAGAAUAAUUUUUUCCCCACUUUUUUAACAUUACAAUGUGGAACCAAGACUUUAUUGUUCCCUCCCUUUUAGUUUUUUGUUCAAUAUUUCAAGCGUUUUCAGUGUGAUGUGAUAUAUUUGAUAAAAUAAUUUAUAUUUUUAGUUAUGAGAAAAGUUUAAAUAGUUAUUCUCUUCUGCUGCAUGACCACGACGAACAUUUCACACAGAAUGGAAGCAGCUAUGAAAGUGCUAAAAAGGUUGGGAACGUCCAUGGAAAGCCAUGACGACAUCCAUCCAUCCAAAUACUUGUAAAUACCUUCCUGACAUUGCCAAUCAAACUGAGCCACAUAAGUACAGAGUUUUGGAGCUCCUUAGAUUGUGCAAGUGGACAGGACUACUUGGGUUCUACUUUGUUAUUUUUGUUUUAGUGUAUUUUAGGUUUGCCUUCAAUUGUAAAUAAAGCAGCCGACAGUC